AUGAGGAAAUGGAAACAGUCGGCCUACGGGCUUGUGCCAGUCGAGGAACAGCAGUCGGAUUCGAGUCCAGCUGGAGACUUUCCUUUGCAUCUCUAUCAUAGAACAGUUAAACAGCCUGUGACGAGCCUCGAGAGGCCGACAAAACCUCCACCACAGCCUCUUGAGGCCUCGUGGCUGGUUAAGGGUCUACGUCUCGCAUUCGAUUUGACUGUGGGAUCUGUGGCCUUGCUCUUCGCUAUAUUCGGUAUCUGGGUUUAUCAAAUUGAUGGAAGCCCAGCUGGUCCAGGGUCCACCGGCUCAAAACUUUUUAAGGUCUCUCAAUAUGCACCCACCAUCUUCCCGGUCCUAUUUGCUGCUAUCGCGGGCAGUUUUAUGAGCAGUAUUGCCGCUUGGCGCAUCCAAACAAGUCGAGGGGCGAGUAUAGGGCUGGUGGAACAUUGUCUAGGCAGUCAGACUCUCUCAGGGGCAUUCCUAACACCGAUAAGGCUACGAGCCUUCAGUCUUUUCACCGUCGCCACAAUUUUUCUAUGGAUCUUAUCUCCAUUGGGCAGCCAGGCAGCUCUUAGGGUAGUUUCCAUCGUGACUAGCGACUCAAGUAGCCCCAAGCACCUGGCUACUAUGAACACUUUCACUGAGUACCAAUACGGCUAUGCUGAAGGGGUUUCGGAGGCCCUAACAACGGUGGCAAACCCUGUCAUCGCUGCCAUAUCGGCGGCCUCACUUCUUGGAACCCGAAAUCAAGAUCUAUGGGGUAACAUCCGUUUUCCCAUGAUUCAGAAUCUCAAUAAUACAAGCGAUGGCUGGACGGAUGUGCCCCAGAACAACAAUUUGACAUACGCCUCGCUUAUCGGCACACCAGUCAGUGUUUUGCCUAGUUCAGGCCAAACGGCCUUUACCCUUCCAGGCUCUUAUCUAUCAAUAUCUUGUCCGAUUUUGGGUAUAUCAAGCCAGACCGGAUUUACCAAUUAUUCAAGCCCAGGCACCCCUGCUCCUGAUAACUGGAACGACUGCACCUGGUCGAGCUCCACUGGUGGCUCUCAGUACCAGAUCGCUAUUUCAAAACCAUGUUCUGGAUAUAAUGUAUCGAUGGAUCAGGGAGAUCGUAAUGCCCGAUUACUCGUAUGGGAAUCUUCAGGAAGUUAUGCCAAAUGCAGCCUCACCACGUUAUAUGUCGACAUCAACGUGACAUGCACCGAGAGUGUGUCCGGAAGUUCAUCCACGAGCACCUGCAACAUAUUUUCUGCUCGCCGCUCGCUCACGCCUCAGUUUAAAAUCAACUGGACCGUUCUUGACAUUGGCACUGGUUCCGUCGAUGCUGGUUCUGUCCUGAAAAUUUUAACCGGCUUGUUUCCUGACGCCCAAUUAUCUGGCGGCCAACAACCGGUUCUGGUUUAUUUUACCAAUCCAUAUCAUGCUGUGGGAGACUUUGAUACACCCGAGCCAAUUUACAAUGUUGGUCGCAAGGUGUUCGAGACCCGUCUGGCUCAGCUUCUCAACUCAGUGCUCUACAUGGGGAUCAGCCCAUCUGCAUUCACAGGCUCUUUCAAUUCUUCGGGUAUUCUCCCGGGAGGCAGCGUCCUCAAAAUUGCAGCGACCACCACCCUUCAGCAAGAAGUCGUCCAGUGUAACCUGGCUUGGCUUGGUGUGCUCGUUGUUGCGUCUUUGACUAUUUUUGUUUGCGCACUAAUCGGCGCAUUUCUGCGCAUUACAAGGUUUAGCCCCGAUGUUCUGGGGUCAAUAUCGGUUGCCCUUUUGCAUAACAAAAUUAGGGGAAUAGCUGGGUCCUCUACGUGGUCCUCUGAUGAGUGGGCGAGGAAAUUAAGAGACACGAAACUUUAUCUUGGAGAUAUUGAGCCUGGGGCUGAGGUUGGUUGUAUUGCCCUAGCGACCUCUGUGCAGGAUGCGACCAAUCUCAAGCGUGUGACCUUGGAAUUGGGUGGAAAAUCACCGGCUGUUGUGUUUGAUGACUGCAAUCUGGAUAAUGCUGUGGAAUGGUGCGUCAAUGCAAUCGCGAGAAAUACCGGUCAGGUGUGCUUUGCUGCAUCCAGGGUGUAUGUUCAGGAGGGGAUCAUCGAUCAAUUCACGCAGAAAUACAAGGCCGCUCUAGAGGAACGCGCUAAGACUAUCGGUGGCCCUGACAGCGAUGAAACACAAAUUGGUCCGCUGGUGGAUGAGGCCCAGUUCCAGCGCGUCACCGGGUUCAUUGAGCGUGGCGCUCAACAAGGAACUCUGUUGACUGGUGGAAAACGUGUUGGGGAUAAAGGCUUCUUUGUGCAGCCAACCGUCUUUACUGGAGUUGAGUCCGACGCAGAGAUCUAUCAUCAAGAGAUCUUUGGUCCCGUCUCGAUUCUCAACUCCUUCAAGACGGAAGAGGAAGUUCUUCGUAAGGCCAAUGCGACUGAGUAUGGUCUCAUGGCAGGCGUUUUCACACAGGAUAUCAACAAAGCCAUGCGAGUUGCAAGUGAAUUUGAAUCGGGGAUGGUCGGGAUCAAUUGUGUCAGCGUAAACUUCUUGAACGCACCCUUUGGUGGACGUAAGCAGAGUGGUCUCGGUCGCGAGUGUGGUCGAAGUGCACUUGAACACUUCACCGAACCCAAGACUAUAAUGAGUAACCUCACAUAUUAG